CUUAAACUACCGGCAGUUGUUGGCCCGGUCCUCCGUUCACUCCACGGGCGGUUUCUCUCUUUUGCCCCCCUUGGACAACAUUUACGCUCCAUUGACUGCAUCUCCAAUCCAGAGAAUAUCACACUACAAUCGCAUACUCGUUUUCAAUUCCAACGAUACGCGGGCAGGCCGCCCUGCCUGCCACUGCCACACCACAGCCUGCCACUCCUCUCGCUCAACCCACCCUUUAAAGCCCCCCCAAUUCCACCCACCUCCCCCCGGAAGAGCCACAAUGAUGUCCUCAUCAUUCGCCCCGAGUCUCACCCGCCGCGACACCAAAUCCAGCAUCCAUGACGGCGGCAGCAGCAUCGGGCUCGGGCACAACGGCAGCACGGCGGGGACGCUCCCGCCGCCCCUGACGAGCACGAACGGGUCGUACGGUCCGCAGAGCGCGGCGGCGGUCUACCAGCACAUCCACGAUAUGGCGGCGAAGCGUAUCUCGACACUGGGGUACCUGCGGAAGGCGCACGAGGGGCGGAUCUACUGGUUCAACACGGUGCACUUCUCGCGGGCGGACAUCAGCCGGCUGGCCUACUUCGAGUCCCGCAAGCUGUCGCGGCGGGCGAUCAACUUCCUGCUGCUGGGGCUCUCGCUGCCCCCGAUCCUGGACGUCAGCACGACGCCCGUCGAGUUCCUGCGCGCCCUCAACGCCCUCCUCCUCGAGUUCGAGGCCUUCCAGCAGGUGCACCCGCCCGACGGCCCGCCCUCCUCCACCGCCUCCGCCCUCGCCCGCGCCCGCAUCCCCCAGAUGUUCAAGCGCGCCGCCCACGCCUCCGGCGCCUACUCCUCCAAGGCCCGCCGCGCCAGCUCUGCCACCGAGAUCGGCCUCCCCAUGCAGUCCUCCGACCCCUCCGACCUGAAAGCAAUGGCCGGCGGCGUCUCCUCGUCCGGCGCUUCCGCUUCGGCCCACCACCACCACGCCGCCGCCGCCUCCUCUGCAUCCUCCGCUUCCAUGGGUUUCCCGCACACCGAGGCCUCCGAACUCCUCCCCGGCGAGGAAUACACCUACCUCCUGACCCCCCUGCUCCCGUUUGAGCCGGAUUACUUCGAGACCUUCGUCACGCUGUGCGACGUCCUGAUCGAUUGCUACACCCGCUUGGUCUCGUUGGUCUACACGCCCAGUAUCUGCACGGUGGCCAUGGGCGAGAUGUUCUCCAAGGCCGAUGCGAAGAUCCGCAAGAUCAUGGUCGCGGGGAUUGUGCGCGAGUUCGAGGAUUCCAGUCGCACGCAGGCCAAGACGGAGAUUGCCGGCGUGAGUCGCGUGGUUUUGGGCGGGUUGAUGGGGUAGCUAACACCUUGGUGUGUUUGUUUUUCCCCCUGGUGGUGGUGGUGCUGCUGCGGCGGCGCUCCCCCCUCGUCUCUUUUGUUUUUGAAUUGUUUCUGCUUGUUCAUAUGACAAAUUGUGGAGCUGCGGUUCCCCGCCCCCCUCGUCGGGUUAUGGGAGUAUAUAGGAGUCUUUUUCUUUCUUUCUACUUUUUCUGUCCAUUCUUGGUCAUGGGUAUGUGUGCAUAUUACCUUCCCUUACCCUUCCCCCCCCCCCUCUAUUCUCAGACUAUCGGAAUGUUUUUAUACAAGGGAUAUGAAUGGGUUCUCCUGUCUGAUAAUGAUGAACUGUGAUAUGUCAUCUUAAUGUCUGUUUGUCCAUAGAAUGAUACCUCAUUGACAAUUCCAGGUGGUGUGCAGUGGAUGUGGAUAUCGAUGGUUGUGUUUGUUCGAG